UAGUUCAGUAGUUAGUUGUGGUAGUUCUUUGUCGGGCUGUAUACAACAUACAUUUUACUAAUUGACAAUUAACUUAGUUUUCUUCAAAAAUGGAAACACGAUUCAUUUUGUGUAAUGGAGCGAUUUAAUAAUUGCCCUUGAUCCUUCAGAGAGAUCAGGACCAAACAUUCAAAGAUACUUUUAUACCAUGACCGAUUAUUCUAGCAGAGCAUGAUGGCAGAAGAUGUGGCGAUUGUGUCGAAACGCAAGGCGCCAAAGGCCAAGGGUGUCUUCGGAACCGUAGACACCAAAAAGUUAUGCGCUUUGAACCCCAACGAAAGAAUUGAUUUCACUAGUAAAUUGAGCAAUCCGGAUGAUGUCGUCCAGUGUGCUGUCUGUGGUGAACUUAUGCCAGUAUGUGAUUAUCAGAAAUUUCAUAUGUCAAAACACAAUUAUCUGUGCUGGCUUAGUAACGAGGAACCGAUGGAUUUGGAGAAUGAAGGUUCUGUUAGAAGGAUUCUAAACAGGGUGAAAGUUCAUAUUCCAGAUGCUGUUUUUAAAUGUCCGCUCUGCAUGGCGGCUAAAAAGAGCACAAAGGGCUACAUGAGUCACAUGCAGUUCUGCGGGAAAAGCAAUGAGGAAAAAAACGAUAUGAUGGUUGAUUGUGAAAUAUGCGGAAAGACGAUGAUGCCCGCCAGCCUGCACGCACACAUUUACGUACAUCAUACCAAGCCUAAAAAUAAUCAGUCGUCAAAAAAAAAGUCUGUAGCACCGGUAUAUGAAAGUGCUGUCGACCAAUAUGCAAAUGAUUCAGACUAUAACAAUCCUAUUGUAUGUCCUCAUUGUUUCUUGAUGAUGCCAAGUGAAGAAGAGAUGCUCAAUCAUUGUCGAAAUGACCAUGGUGACAGCACACUUCCUCUGCUGCUUAGCACCAACUCCAACGCUCCAUCUGAAACCGGCUUAUCGUACGUACCUUUUCUCAAAAUUGAAGAGAAUUUGCUUGCAAGGCCAAAAAUCCCACUGAGAUUCUUCGUUCCUGCCCUGAAGCUGACAAGAGAACACCGCUCGUUAAAUCUUUCAACCAAGAAGCUUUUCCCAGAGUAUGACAUAGAACUGGAAGAGUGGAAUUGUAAGACGGAAGAAGAGUGUCGUGAGUAUUUACAGACUGAAGAGUAUUCCAUGAGAGUUGCUUGCAAUAGUAACGAGUGGUUUAACAUGUACCUGUUCGAAACGAAACUUUUUAAAGACAAUGUGUUAUUACUUUAUUGCGGUGGCCCUAUACUCGACCUGGCUUGGGCACCGGGACUUCACAGACAGUUCCUAGCCGUUUCCACCCAUCUAGCAAUGGAGGAUAAUCUUGCAGUUAAAUCUGUUUAUAAAGGUUCUGGCAAUAUUCAAAUUUGGUCCGUAGGAAAAACCAAUAAUUCAUUAUCUUACUCCCUCUGUGGCGCUAGGCUGGAGUAUAUCGUUUGCCAUGAUGAGGGUGUCUGCUGGGGGUUAGAAUGGUGUCCAUCGGGAUGUCAAGAUGACCUCAGAAUGGGUCUACUAGCAUUGGCAACAUCUAAUGGUUCUGUGCCUAUUUAUUCGAUUCCUCUGCCUUGUAAAUUGGAAGAACAAGACAGCAGCAUUUUGCCUAUAUGCAAGCCAAAGCCGAUCGUAAGACUAGUAUUCAGUUCUCAAGAGCAAGUCCAAUGUACCAAAAUCGCAUGGUCGCCAGUGAAACCACAUCGAAUUGUCGGAGCUGGUUAUGUGAACGGUUUGCUUGCUUUCUGGGACAUCUCGAGUACUUCAUUUUUACUCAGGAAAGGCAGAACGCUCCUCCCUUUCAAAACCUUCCAAGCACAUCAUGCAAUCAUCUCAGGGCUAUGCUUUAGUCCGACUAAUGAUCACUAUGUAGUUAGUAGUGGACAUGAUAAAUGGUUUAAAUUUUGGGAUUUGCACGACACAACUUCGCCACAAAAUGCUACUCGAAGGUAUUUUGCGACCGACAUCGCUUGGUUACACCAUUGGAUGACAUGUGCUGCUUCAAUUGACAGUGUAUACUCAGCUGGAGAUACUACAUUGUCGUUAACCUCUCUAAGGAGUUUUAUUUAUGAGCCGUGCUCCUUUGUUUCAAAUGUAGAUUCUUCGGCUUUGAGUGUAGCUUGCAACGACUGGUUGAACAGUAUACUCAUGGCUUAUGACAAUGGUCAAGUCAAUUUGAUAUUUGGGCAAAAACAGUUAAUGAACCAUGUCGAAGAUCGUAAAAAGUACAUCAAGGUUUUAAUUGAACCACAUUUAUUUGAUUUUGAAACCGAGGAUUAUGUGCCGAAGCCUAAAAAAGGAGAGGUACAAUCUUACCGUUCUAACAUAAAAGACUGCAACUCUUAUGAUGAAGUGGCUCAAAAAUAUGGAAUCGAUUUUAAAAUGGAUUUGGAAGUUGAUUUCAAAAACAAACUAAAAGGAAAUGCUUCUAAUAUGUACGGCGUUUAUCCUGUUCACACUGCGAACAAAGUUUGCUGGAAUACCAACCCAGACGCAUUUUUAAAUUUGGCCGUCGGAUAUCAAAGCGGAUUCGUCAUUGUCCCGAAGUUGAAGCUAUUACCUGUUGAUGAAAAAAGUAUGGAGAAGCUACUGCAUAGUUAAUACAAAAGACAAAGAGGUGCAUUUUAAAUGUUAGAUCUACAAUUUUUAAUUUGUAUAAUGUGAUAAAAAGUUUUUAACAAUUUUAUACAAUAUCUU